UUACUCUGAUAGAAAAGCACACAAACAACCAUGGACGACCACUCUCCCACAAUUUCUACCUCACAACCUGGUUUUCUCUUCCUGUAACACACCCCGCAAAAAAUACAGGCAUCUGGCUCUCUCCUCUGCAUCCCUGAACUCGAAAAAUGUCCCUUUGUUUCUCUUCCAAUUCAUUAGUCACUCUUCAUUCUCUCCCAAACAAUCAAAGCUUCUCAACACGUUGUUUAUCUUCUCAAUUCAUCAAUCAGAUUCAGGUAAGCUCUAUCCCUAAUGCUCUAACAUCUUCAUCUCUGAAAUUAUCCCAACCCUUUAAAUAUAGCAUUCAAAGACUCAAACCCAUUACAUGUUCAGCAGCCCCUGCUGUUGAAGCCGCCCCAUCUUCCUUCAGAAACAAAAACCCAAAAGAUAUCAACGUCCUGGUAGUGGGGUCAACUGGGUAUAUUGGAAAAUUUGUGGUUAAAGAGUUGGUUAGUAGAGGGUUCAAUGUUAUAGCCAUUGCUAGAGAAAAGAGUGGGAUUAGAGGUAGAAAUAGCAAGGAAGAGAGUUCGAAUCAGUUGAAGGGAGCCAGUGUGUGCUUUUCAGACGUGACCCAUUUGGAUUCUUUGGAGAAAUCCCUGGAAAGUUUAGGGGUUUCUGUUGAUGUUGUAGUCUCAUGCCUUGCUAGCCGCUCUGGUGGUGUAAAGGAUUCAUGGAAGAUUGAUUAUGAGGCAACAAGGAAUAGUCUUGUUGCCGGCAGGAAUCGUGGGGCUUCUCAUUUUGUGUUGCUUUCUGCAAUAUGUGUGCAGAAGCCCCUUCUUGAAUUUCAGCGCGCCAAGCUUAAACUCGAGGCUGAAUUGAUGAAAGAAGCUGAAGAGGAUAAUCUGUUCACUUACAGUAUUGUGAGGCCAACUGCAUUCUUCAAAAGCUUGGGGGGUCAGGUUGAGUUGGUGAAAGAUGGGAAGCCUUAUGUAAUGUUUGGUGAUGGGAAAUUGUGUGCUUGUAAGCCGAUUAGCGAGCCAGAUUUGGCAUCCUUUAUUGCAGAUUGUGUGUUGAGUGAGGAUAAGAUUAACCAGGUUUUGCCGAUUGGCGGACCGGGGAAGGCGUUGACACCUUUGGAACAAGGGGAGAUUUUGUUUAGACUCUUGGGGAGGGAACCCAAUUUCUUGAAAGUCCCAAUUGGGAUAAUGGAUUUUGCUAUUGGGGUUCUUGAUUUCCUGGUUAAAAUUUUUCCUUCCAUGGAAGAUGCUGCUGAGUUUGGGAAAAUCGGAAGGUAUUAUGCAGCUGAGAGCAUGCUGGCUUUGGAUCCUGAAACAGGAGAAUACAGUGCUGAGAAAACGCCUAGCUAUGGGAAGGACACAUUGGAGGAAUUCUUUGAGAGGGUAUUGAGGGAGGGGAUGGCAGGUCAGGAAUUAGGCGAGCAAACCAUUUUGUGAAGUUGGUGAAAAUCAUUUUUAGAGUUUGUAAAUUCAAAAGCUCAAUUAUAUUGGAUCAACCAGUUUUGUAAAACUCAAGAUUAUUGGGAGACACUGACUGGAUUUUAUGAGUUUCUGGCAAGUGCUUUCACAACUGUUAUAUUAUCUGCUGUGAAAUGCUAUACUUCAUAUAUUAUUAUUGUUCAUCUUGAUACAUGCCUGUAUUGUAAUCACUGUACUAUGUUUUCUUGUCUGGAAACUGAGUUUAUUUCUGUGUGUUCUGGAAACUUGAGUUUAUUUCUUUGUGCCUGCAAAUCAUAACUUAAAUGGUAAAAGCAUCAUUCCCAGUUCUUAGGCUAUGAAAGGCAGCAAGCCAAUGAGGGCUACACAAAGCCAAUGAGCCUUGCAAGUUGCGCACAAAUUGCUUGGUUUGUUUCUUUAGUUUUCGUGCCCCACACCGGAUAGGCAACACAAGCGCGAUGCAGAGGCAAGCCAUAAAAGGAGAAGCAAGCCACAAAGCAAAUCAUACCUUUCUCGGCCUUUUGGCUAAGAUCAAGUGUAGUAUCUGUUCUUAUCAGUUUAAUAUCUGAUACGUGGCCCAAUGGGCCACAUGAUAUUAAAUUAAUCUUUGUAGGGGGAGAGUCCAUCACAGUAGCUUGCUACUGGGCCUCUCAGGCGUCGCCCAUGCGUUGCACUAAAGCACGGGCCUGGCGCACCCCUCCCAAA